AGCGCAAACGCGCUCGGAAACGCGCAAACGCGCUCGGAGACGCGCAGAGAGGCGCAGGGACGCGCGGCGCCGCGGAGCUUCGGGCAGCGGCGCGGAGGGGCCGGGGGGGAUCAGCCCUGCAGCUCACAUCGCCCUUUACUGACCUUUUUUUCUUACUUCUCAGCUUUCUGGGCUGGAUGCGGGAUCCGCGUCCCCGAAACCUGCUAUGCCAACUGAACUCUCUCGGGCCGUGAGAAUGCACGCCAUCUCCGACCUCCACUCGUCCCUCACCCUGCGGCUCCUCAACAAGGGUCCCGAGUAUCUCCGCAGGCAGAUGGAAGCCGGCAACCCAGGCAGGAAAAGUGCCGUGGAGAGGUUGGCAGCCGAUAAAGCCAAGUACGUAAAAAGCCAGCGGGUGAUCAGCACCAAGCAGGAACCCGUCAUCGUGCUUAGCUCAGCCUCGGAGAGCAGCAGCGAGACCUGUUCGUUGGAGAGCAAGAAAAGCAGCAAGGACUUUGGCAGAGGGAAGAGCACGAAGCCCCUGGAGUUGGCCAAGGUGGUUUACUCGUGCCGUGCCCCCCUGCAGCACGGUCCCCCCAUAGCCAGGCGCAGCACCCCAAAGAGGCAGAUACGGCCGGAUUCCCUGGUGAUUUACCGCCAGAAAUGCGAGUUUGGGAGAGGUCAAAGCCAGGACAGCUCACGGGGGAGCUUGGUGAGGAGGAUCUUGCAAGGGUCUGUAAAGGAGAAGCAGUUGACUUCUCCUGAGAUGCCCAGAGUCGUGGAGGACUCCGCAGUUACUGAGAGCAAAGAGCCCCUGUCACCAAAACACUAUGAGCUGAGCAACCAUGGAGUGGAGCGAACCAUCGCUGUGAGCACCGAAGCCCCAGAGGUAUGUACAAAAGAGCGUGAGAGACCCUUCAAGCUGAGUAUACCUCCUGAGGAGGUUAAGGAGGUGAGGAGGAGAGGUCUCCAUCGCUCCCAGUCGGACAUCAGCUCUCGCUAUUCCAAAUCCUUCUCUGAGUUUGAUACAUUUUUCAAGUACUGUGGCCUGGAGCAGGAGGUCAUUGAGGAUCUCGGGAGAGAGAACUUCUCCGUGGUGUCCGACAACGUCUCUUUCAAGAUCCGCAGCAUCAGUGUGGCAACGUCCGAGAGUGACUUCACGAGACACAGUGGGGAUGAGGGGCUUCUGGAAGAUGAACUCACAGAGCAGGUCCCAAGCAGCACAUCCGUGAUCGAGCGCAACGCUCGGAUAAUCAAAUGGCUCUACACGUGUAAGAAAGCCAGGGAGAGUAACGAGGUGAUCCAGGAACUGGCAUGAUGGCUUCUUUCAGCGUGCAUUGCAGCCUGGUGAACUCAAGAAUCCUCGACUUGGAAUUUGAACAAAAACAGACACAGGAAGACACUCUUCCCUCAUCUGGCUCAUGAUUUUGUCCAAGUUUAGUAUGUUAUUAAUGUCCUCUACCCUCACCCCCAUCCCUGGGCAACCUCACUCUUGUCACAAGUGCAGGAGUGUCCAAGAGUGCAAUGACACAUGGAGACUGUGAACUGGACAAGCGAAGUGUGACAACAACUGCCAUCCAUAAUAAUAUUCAGCAUCAGCUCACCGCCUCAGGAUGCCAUUCCAAGCUGGGACAGAAGGUCUGUGUUGUGCACCCGUCUCUUUCCAGCAAUGAAUUUGUUGACAGGGAUGGGAGGAGAAAGUGGGAAUGAAAUGGCAAUAUCCUCUGGGUCAGGCGUUUCCUUGCAGGCAGACAGGCUCCACCCGGACAUUCAAAGGCUCUGUCUUAACCAAAGCUGUUUGACCAGGGCUCAUCCUGACGUCAUCAGGUGUUAUUUGCUUGGCUGGUAAGGGCUAACUGGCAGCUUUAUCUCGUAUACGUGGCAAACAUGUUGUAAGUUAAAUCCUUGCCUCUCGUUCUCAAAGAGUAUUCAAGCCAAAUUGGAGUAUGUUGUAUCUGUCUAGCUUGCUCUGCCAUACAACCUGCCCAUUCCGUGAAGAGGAAUUUCUGUUAAAACCCUGCCCAAAAUAUUUUCAAUCUCAUCAUUCCAAGGAACAGGUAGUCAAAGAAGAGUUUUGCAGAACUAUACAAUUCACAUGUAGCGAGAAUCCUCCACUUUUUUUUGCAAUACAUCUCCGGCUCUGACAUUGAAAACAUUGCACUGUUUGGCAGCUUCUAGUUUAACAUCUUUAAUGUUAUGCACUAUGAGUGAGCAGUAGGCUUACAGAAUCACUUUAGGAAAUUGUAUCCCAGGCUAUGUAAGGCCACGCUUCCCUAGAGUGGGUCUGUGCUUGAGAUGUACAGAGUGGCAGACUUGUGCCUAAGGCAAGAAGGCGUGUUAGGGCAGGUAAACGUCCUGAUGGAGUGAGGCACCCAGUGUAGACAGCACCUUCCUUGAUAUCGUAAAUAAAAUGCUUCAUUUGGACUGGCUGAGCUAUAAGUGUUUUAAAACCUGAUAAAAAGUACUUCAGAUCAUAUAGUGAAUGAGGUUUCUAUAGUAACUCAUGGAAUUUGCUGACUGUGCCUUAAACACUGACCUUAAUCUGUCAUUCCUCGCUAGAAAAUCUCUUGCACCAAAGCAUUUCUUUGUGGACAUUCCAAACCACCACCAAAAAAAAAAAAAGAAAGCCAAAAACAAAACCCAAAAACACUGCAAUCAAAGCCAAAGUCAGGUUUCCAGGUUUCCUUCCAGUCACACCAAUGCCCAUCUGUAAGAGCAGCCCUGCUGGCGUAAUGGUGACUUGCCCUUUGGGUCCAGCAGAGGUUAAAAUUUUACUUUCUGUUGCCAUGGAUGUAUUGUCCAGCCUACCCAGCCGCCAGACCUGGAGUUUGAGGAGACCAGAAGCACCAACUUUCAUUCUCUGCAUUCCUCCUGCCUACACUGGGGCAGCUCGUCCCGCUGCCUCUUCUGGCCCGAAACAGCUGCCGGCACAGCCAAGUGGAUGCCGAGCUCAAGUGAGCACUCAAGCUGCCUUUCUCGAGUGUUUGCUACUCUCAGUAAACACACCUGGAGGAGCAGAAAUGGUGAGCGGUGACGAUUCAGUAAAAUGGUGGUGGUAGGAGGAAAGGUUUCCUAGUUUAACCUUUGCAGGCGCUGCAUACUGAAAGAGUUGCCCUUGAAGCUCUCAUCAAGUGGUUUGAUUGACAUGAGUUAAAUUCACAGUGAGAUCUCUUCUGGGUUGCAUUUCCAUAUGUUUUAAAUGUGUCCCUGGGUGACUAGUUUUCACUUACAGCAACAGUUUGGGAAUGCAUGGCAUUUGUCUUCAUUUUCUAGUGUUAUUUUCUAACGUCUGCAUGUCUGAAGUUGUCGAGAUAGAUGGAUAACAAUUCCAGAUAAAAUAAUUUUUGAACCUGCUUUACACUUAAGAGAAAACUAAAUUGUUUGCAAGAGUGAGCUUCUGCAAGCUUAGAGGGAAGCCAGUACAUUUGGUUAUAUAAUGGAAUUUCCAUGUGUAUUUGUUACAUUAUUAUUAAAGGAUGACAACUCCAACCCAAGAUGCUGCUAAAAUGAUAAGAUCUAUGCACUUAAAGGUGCGGGUUUUUAAGGGAUACAGUCUAGGUUUAUUAGUCAGGAACACAUUUUGAUGCAUCUGUUCUUUUCGUGUUCACUUUGCAAGGUGCUGUACCAGGUGAAUAUUUAUAUGCAUUUGUCAGAGCUAAGGACUGCUUUACUUCGAAAAUAUAUAUGAUUGUAGACAGCUUGGAGAGCAGGAAAAAAUCUUUAGCAUGAGAAAUCAGUGCCCUGCCACAGGGGAGGAGAAUUAUUUUGAUUUGUUUCCAAGGAUUUUUUUUUUUUGUUUAGUUUUCAAACUGCUGUUUGUUUUUGCUUUUUUAGCUGAACAGCUCUUGAAAGUUAAGAUGAAAGGUGCAUUGGUCAUGUGUUUUCAGUGUUAGGAGGGAAAAUGUUUGAUUUGCUCGAAAGUACCAACCUUUCUGAUGAAUGUUUUAUGGCAGAGAUUAGUGAAAUCGGAACUGGCCCCAUUCUGAAUAUUUUUUUUAAUCCACCUUUUUAUCUUUAUGAAUGGUUUAAUAGGGUCGUGUUGACUUUUCACGUAGAUAUGUGGCAAAAUUUCUCUGGCUUUGCUCAAACUCCAAUAGGAAUGUCACCCUCGCUAAGGUGCCAUUUACUUCAGAGAUGAUACGGACCUAAAAUCUUCCUCUCAUAAGCUAUAGAUUCCCUUUAUUCAGUAAUACCUUCUGGAUAAGCUAAUUACCUGCCUUUUCUAGUAUGCCAGGAAUGACAGGAGAAGACAAUCCUUCCUGCAUACAUCUUAGGAACAGGUAAUUCGGUGCUUUUUCUAAAGAGUGGUAGCUCUGGGCUUCACGCAGCUCCUGUUACUGUUACAUGUAAAGGCUUUUUCCUUCCUUCUGCUAGGUCUUUCCAUCAUAGCCCUCAAAAUGACAAAAACUUGCUGAUAUGAGUCACUAUCUAUCUUUUUCCCCAAAAAAAAUCAAGAUUAUUUUUUUACUAAUUCAUAAUAAAAGACAUGCUUUGUAAGGGGUGGGGGCUUUCAGCUUAAGUGAUAAACUGAGAGACCAUUGCUUUAUGAACAGAAAUUUUAGCGACAAGAGCUGGGUUUCCAGUCAUUUGGGAAACCUCAAACUGGGGCUGAGGGCAAAGGCAAGUCAUAAUGAUUUUGUUUGACUCGAACUAUGUCAACUAAAAUAGUCAAGCGGAGUGCGAGCGUGCAGUACUAACUGCUGUUUACACCCAAGCGUUUCAAGGUGCUCCAAUGCUGUGACAAGGGGCAAUGUCCACAGCUGUAGUGUAACAGGUGAAAGGUACAAAGUCUGGUUUUUAUGGCCUGCAAGCAAGUAUUUACCAUAAAGACAUCAGAUAGUGACUGUAAUCCUUGCAAUAUAUUGUAAAUAUUACUGUACAGAAAUCUAUAAGUAAGAAAUACAGAUUUUUCUAUAAUAUGUAUGUUACUUUUCUAUGGGAUAUAGGCCUUUAUGUUUUGUGAAACUGGCCAAACAUUACAUCAACGGAGAUUAAGCAGAAGCUUUCUCCUGGGAGCAGGUUGUCCUGUCAUUGCCUUCUGUGGAGUUUCUUGCGUCUGCUUUUGAAUCCAUCGAGACAGAGUACUGGGCAGAUCUGGUGUGGAUCUUUCUAAGUUGAUAUGUUUAUAUUCCUAUGAAAGAACUUUGUGUACUAUGCAUACAAAUAAAAAUACCACUUUGAACAUUAG